UGGAAAAAAGAGCACAGCAUAAAUGAACAGAGUUUCAGAGGUCCUUGCACAUUUUCUGUGGGAGGAUUCUCGGCCAAUUCUAACUCAGGGAAAUCACAAUGAAGUGGACUCUCUUUUCUUUCUGACUUCUUCUCUCCGCCUGCAAUGUGUGCUGUGAAAAAGGUCUUAAAAAGAUGUCAUUGAUUUUUCCUGAGGAAACUGACAACAGUUAUGUGAUACUCCGUCCAGCUAAGCCCAUGAGCUUCACAGCCUUCACACUCUGCAUGAGCCUCACAUCGGAGUUUAAUUUAUUGCGGGAAACUAUCCUAUUUUCUUAUUAUAAGUCAGGAGAUGCACUAAAUCUGUGGGUUGAAUAUGGAAUUUUUAAUGUUUACUUGCUUCACUCAGAUCCUGUAAGUUUCAAACUUCCUCAUCUCAACACAUUCUGGACAAAUCUGUGUGUAACAUGGGAGUCGUCAUCUGGACUGAUUGCUGUUUGGGUUGAUGGUAAAAGUAGUGGCAGGAAAGUUUAUAGACAAGGACACAAGGUUCGGGAUGGGGGAAUUGUAAUUCUGGGACAAGAUCAGGAUAACCUGGGGAAUGGGUUUGACAAAAAGCAAAGCUUUACUGGGGAAAUAACCAGCGUUUAUCUGUGGGACUACGUGCUAUCGUCUGAUGAACUAUGUCUUGUCAGUCAAGGACAUACUGAGCCUAAAGGGAAUGUAAUUGAUUGGAAUACAGUGGGUUAUGAAGCUAGAGGAAAUGUUUUAAUAAAACCUGUUAACAACUAUAAAUUGUCAGUUAGUUCUUCUAAAAUGUGGUGAAUAAAUGUUGGUAAUCUAUUCUUAUUUGUGUAAGGUGUUCCUAAUUAAACUAGAAAGACCUGAAGCUGUACCAGACUAUCGAAACAUGACGUUGUUAUACGUGGAGUUCAGUAGCAGAAUCUCAAUCUGAGUGUCUCCACGCAUCCCAGUCAAAUUAAAUAUAUGACAUAUAUAAAGUACAAGAAGUCUAAAGAUGGAAUUGUGCACUUCCGUGACUCCUUCUUUUGCUACUAUUCUGUCCAUUUUAAUUACUUUUUAUAUGGAUUGUUCUAUUCUAUUAAAAUUUAGGUGUGCUGUAUAUGUUCACAAAUAUAAAUGUUAUAAAAAAAAUA